CAUUUAAGCAUUUCCCGCACCCCAUACAUCUUAUCAUGAACACACAAAACCAAACCACCUUUCUCACCGGAAAACCAUGACUACCACCACCACCGAGCUGCCGUACCACCACCUCCCCACCGAAAACCCCAACCAACCCAUCUCACAAAAAUCACUUCUCAACCUCCUAACCACCAAAUGCACCACAUCUCUCCACCUCCUCAAACAAACCCACGCUCUAAUCCUCAAAACCAACCACUUUCAAGACCACUUCAUCGCCGGUUCCUUAAUCAAAUCCUACUCAAACCCUUUUCACAACCCUUCAACUUCAUUUCUACAAGUCUUCCACCAAGUCCCCAAUCCAAAUGUGUUUGUUUGGAACUCAGUUAUCACUGCCUGUGUUGACAACAACGACCCAUGUUUGGCUCUAGUUUAUUAUUCCAACAUGGUGGGUUCGAAUGCGAAACCGAAUAAGUUUACUUAUCCGGUGUUGUUCAAAGCUUGUAUGGUUAUGAAGUGUGUUGAUUAUGGUGUGCAGGUGCAUUGUCAUGUGGUGAAAAAUGGGUUUAUGGAUGAUGGGUAUGUGAGAAGUGCUGCGAUCCGAAUGUAUUCGUCGGUUGGGCGGGUAGUUGAAGCUCGGAUGGUUUGUGAUUAUGGUGAGAAGGAUGUGGUUUGUUUUAAUGCUAUGAUUGAUGGGUACUUGAAAUGUGGGGAGAUUGAAUCGGCUUCGGGUUUGUUUGAUUCGAUGACGAAGAAGAAUGUUGGUACUUGGAAUGCUAUGGUUACCGGGUUGGUUAAGUGUGGGAUGGUUGAGGAUGCGCGUAAAGUGUUUGAUGAAAUGCCUGAACGAGAUGAGAUAUCGUGGAGUGUUAUGAUUGAUGGGUAUAAUAAAAAUGGGUGUUUUAAGGAAGGAUUAGAAGUUUUUAGAGCAAUGUUGGGGGAGGAGGAAGUUAAGCCGAAAAAGUUUGUGCUUUCGAGUGUGGCAUCGGCUUGUGCGAAUGUAGGUUCUCUUGAUCAAGGGAAGUGGAUCCAUGCGUAUGCGAAGCAGAAUUCGAUUGAGUUAGAUGGGGUUUUGGGAACGGCGUUAGUGGAUAUGUAUGCGAAGCUUGGACGGCUUGAUUUGGCGUGGGAUGUAUUCGAGACAAUGAAAAGGAAAGAAGUUUCGUCAUGGAACGCGAUGAUUGGAGGGCUUGCGAUGCACGGUAGGGCAAAGGAUGCGAUCGAGCUUUUCUUACAAAUGGAAAAGAAACGGGUUCAACCGGACGAAAUCACAUUUGUAGGAUUGCUAAAUGCUUGUGCUCAUGGAGGGUUGGUUGAUGUGGGGUUGGAGUGUUUCGACAGGAUGCAAGAUGUUUACGGUGUUGAGCCAACGGUCCACCACUACGGAUGCAUGGUUGAUCUCUUAGGUCGAGCAGGACGGUUAGCCGAAGCCGAGGAGCUCGUAUAUAACAUGCCAAUGACACCAAGUCCUGCAGUUUGGGGUGCCCUUUUAGGCGCUUGCAGGGUUCAUGAAAACAUAGACAUGGGUGAGAAAAUCGGGAAAAUGUUGAUCGAAUUAGACCCCCAAAACGGUGGUCGAUACGCACUCCUAUCUAACAUUUACGCAAAGGCGGGGAGAUGGGACGACGUCAAGAAAGUACGAACAUUAAUGAAGGAAAACGGCGUAAAAACCACCACAGGUAGAAGUACAAUCGAUAUAGACGGGAUAGUUCACGAGUUCAAAAUCGGGGACUCCGACCAUCCCCGAGCGCGAGAGAUUUAUGAGAUGGUGGAGGAGAUGAUAGCAAAACUAGAGUUAGAAGGCUAUGUCCCGAAAACAUCGGAUGUGUUGUUUGAUAUCGAGGAGGACGAGAAGGAAACAACGUUAUGGCGGCAUAGCGAAAAGCUUGCUAUCGCGUUCGGGUUGAUUAGUACGUCGCCUGGAACGCCUAUUCGGGUGACGAAGAAUCUAAGGAUGUGUGAAGAUUGUCAUUUGGUGAUUAAGUUGGUUUCGUGUGUAUACAAGAGGGAUAUAGUAGUGAGGGAUCGUUUGAGGUUUCAUCAUUUCCGAAAUGGGAAGUGUUCUUGUAAGGAUUUUUGGUGAUUAUUUGUUUGAUGAUACAUGUUUAUACGGAGCUGUUUUAUGACAUAAACAAUAAUGCAUU